AUGAAGUUUGUGCUCUAUCUGGCGGCCGUGUUUUGGGCUAUUUCAGCUGUGAUUUGUGUCUCACAGCCGGUCGUCGGAUUGAAGCUGGCUUCGGAAAAUGUGCGCGAAGCUUGUGAAUGGAUGCCGGAACGACCGAUCGACAGCUGCUUCGAAUGUUGCCAAGCAGUUCGGGCUGAGCGCAAAUAUUCGGGGCGACUUGUGCACGAGAUCCUGAUCCCCAGAUCGCAUUGCAGUUGCUGCUUUGGCAAUGACAAGUGCCUGACGCGACGA